UACCCUCUCACCGGAUCGCUUUACUCACCGGCGAACACGCAGCGAUCCAAGAAAAGCAAAGAGGUUUGUUUGCAUCGAGCUGGUUGGUUGGGUUGGGUUGGUUUCUUGGACUGGCCCGGAUGCGCAUGGCGAGGUGGUGCGUGGGGUGGCCGGCGUCGGCGACGGAGAAGGGGUGUCGGGAUGGGCUGACGUGGCAGGCGGAGCUGAGGCCGCACGCGGCGGGGGAGUUCUCGAUGGCGGCGGCGCAGGCCAACGCGGAGAUGGAGGACCAGGCGCAGGUCAUGCCGUCGCCGGAAGCCACGCUCGUCGGCGUCUAUGACGGCCAUGGCGGCCCCGACGCCUCCCGCUUCCUCCGCUCUCGACUCUUCCCCCUCGUCCACGAGUUGGCGGCAGAACACGGCGGCGCGGUGACCGCCGAGGUGAUGCGGAAGGCGUUCCUGGCGGCCGACGAGGAGUACUUGCAGCUGCUCCGGUGGUCGCUGCCGAACAUGUCACGCGCGGCCGCCUCGGGCUCCUGCUGCCUCCUGGGCGCCAUCUCCGACGACACGCUCUACGUCGCCAACGCCGGCGACUCCCGCGCCGUCCUCGGCCGCCGCGCGGCGACCGCCGGGCGCGGUCAGGUCGUCGCCGAGCGGCUAUCCACCGAGCACAACGUGGCCUCCGAGGAGGUGCGGAGGGAGCUCGCCGCGCUCCACCCCGACGACGGAGAGGUCGUCGUGCACGCCCGCGGCGCGUGGAGGGUGAAGGGGAUCAUCCAGGUCGCGCGCUCCAUCGGCGACGUGUACCUCAAGACGCCUGAGUUCAGGCGCGACGCGGCGGUGCAGCGGCGGUGCAGCCCCCGCGCCGUCGACCUGACGCGGCCGGUCGUCACCGCCGAGCCGUCCGUCCACGCCCGCAAGCUAAAGCCGGGCGUCGACCUGUUCGUCGUCUUCGCCUCCGACGGCCUAUGGGAGCACCUCUCCGACGACGAGGCGGUGCGGCUGGUGUCCAAGAACCCGAGGAGAGGCGUGGCGGGGGCGCUGGUGCAGGCGGCGUUCAAGGAAGCGGCGAGGAAGCGGGAGGUGAGGCGCGGCGACCUGUGGCGGAUCGAGCGAGGGGUGAGGCGGCACUUCCACGACGACAUCGCCGCCGUCGUCGUCUUCCUCGACCUCGACAACGACGGACGCCGCGCGCGCCGCCGCGGCAAGGUCGUCCACUCCACCAGCAGCUGCUGCAGCAGCAACACGCCGCUCGACGUCUACAGCUUCUUCAACUCCGGCGCGUGAACAACCAUCAAUAUCGAUUCCAACGUAUAAACACUGUAUGAAUACAUGUGUUUUUUCCAAAUGAAUCUAAGACAUAUCAGAUUCAUUUGAAGAAAUACACACAAAUAUUUAUAUUUUGGAAUGAAGAUGGUAUAUUUUCCGUUCAUGUUCUGUUAGUAUUUUUAUUUUACAUUUUUAUAAGUAGAACCAAAUAAGUUAAUGUGUUGGAAGCAUGGUAAUAUGAGACUGAGGCCGGGUUCGGCAGUACCUUCUU